AUGGCAAAAGAGUGCUUAGGCACGAGUGAUAGAGUAUACUUAAACCGGCCUCACAAAAUCAUUGUAAAACAUCUGGCUUCCAACUCUGGCAUGUUGGGCUUCAGCCAAUAUGGCCAUUACUGGCGCGAGAUUCGUGUUGGGUUCAGCCAAUACGGCCAGUACUGGCGCGAGAUUUGUGAGACCACCACCAUCAAACUUCUGUCAAAUCAUCAGGUAGAUAUGUUUAAAAAUGUCAGGAUCUCAGAGAUAAGAUUAGCCAUAAAGAGAGUAUCAGGUGCAGGGUCUGAAUCAGUUGACAUGAAAGAAUGGUUUAAUAAUGUAAGCUUGAAUAGUAUAGUAAGAUUAGUUUCAGGCAACUCGUUGAAGAAAAAUUGCAAAGGUGAGGAAUACAAUAGAUGUGUAAAAGCAAUCAGGGAUUUCUUUGAACUGGCAGCCGCGUUCGUCCCUGCUGAUGCAGUUCCAGCUUUGAGGUGGUUGAACAUGCAGGGACAGAGAAAGCCUUCCAAAUCUGAACCAGAUACAAUUAUCAGAGCCACUUGCAUGGUAAUCGCUUCUACAUGUUUGUCGAAUUAA